GUUAGUCAGAAGAUAAGCACAGAUAACAGAUAGAAUAGAUAGAUGUGCAGCUAGUAUCUCAUGUGCUUCUCUCUCUUGACGGAAAAAUUCAUCUCUUAGAUUCUGCAUUUGGAGAUACCAUAUGGGUUUGUUUCAAAGUCAUUAAUAAAACACAAAAAAGAGAAAACAAAAUGAGACAGGAAAAUCCAAUACACGACCAGACCUCAUCAGAAUCUUCAUCGACGUCGACAUCCAUUCUCAGGGAAGCUAUUGAGGUUGUAUCUUCUUUAAUCUCCUUUUCUCAUGGAACUAGAGUUUUUGCAGUGAAAUGGCAACUAUUAAGAAACAAGUUAGAAGAGCUACAGACAAGCCUAAUCGCUAUGGAGAAUUGCGAUUCCAAUCAAAACACAUUGCUGUCAAGUCUCAUGUCUGCUAUAAUAGAAGCUGCCAACAACUGCAACGAUCUUGCUCGAAGAUGUGUGGAUCUUUCAUACAGUGGAAAGCUUUUGAUGCAGAGUGAUUUGGAUGUAAUGGCUGCAAAGUUCGAUCAGCUUGUGAAAAAUUUAUCUGGGAUUUGUACUGCAGGCAUUUUAACUCAAGGGUUUGCCAUUGUUGUGUCUAAGCCUGGAGUCAACGCUUCUAAAGAUGACAUGAGGUUUUAUGUUAGGGAUCUGUUUACCAGGAUGAAGAUUGGUGAUACUCAAAUGAAAAGACAAGCGUUGGUCAAUUUAAAUGAGGUUAUUGCAGAAGAUGAGAAAUAUGUGAAGGUAAUUGUUGAAGUUGGCGACAUUAUGCACGUAUUGGUUAAUCUUCUUGACUCAUCUGAAAUUGGAAUUCAAGAAGAGGCUGUAAAGGUUGUUUCUUUAAUUUCUGGGUUUGAUUCUUGCAAGUCUGUAUUAAUUGGUUCUGGGGUUAUAGGUCCUUUGGUUAGGGUUUUGGAAAGCGGUAGUGAAUUGGGAAAAGAAGCUUCCGCUAGAAGUUUACAGAAAUUGACUGAGAAUUCUGAUAAUGCUUGGUCAGUUUCAGCUCAUGGUGGUGUCACGGCUUUAUUAAAAAUGUGUUCUUUUGGUGAUUGUAGAGCAGAACUUAUUGGUCCUGCUUGUGGGGUAUUGAGAAAUCUUGUUGGUGUUGAAGAAAUUAAAAAAUUUAUGAUUGAAGAAGGUGCUGUUACUAGAUUUAUCAAGCUUUCAAGAUCGAAAGACGAAGCUGUGCAAAUAAGUUCAAUUGAAUUCCUUCAAAAUAUUGCUUCUGGAGAUGAAUCAGUUAGGCAAUUGAUAGUUAGAGAAGGUGGAAUUCGCGCGUUAGUACACCUUCUGGAGCCAAAAAUUACAUCCACAUAUAAAUCUAGAGAGAUUGCAUUAAGGGCGAUUGAAAAUUUGUGCUUCUCUUCAACAAAUUGUAUUAGCAUAUUGACAAGUUACGGGUUUAUUGAUCAGUUGCUUUUCUUUCUCAAAAAUGGAGAUGUUUCAGUUCAAGAAUUGGCGCUUAAAGUAGCAUUUAGGCUAUCAGGAACAUCAGAGGAAGCAAAUAAAGCAAUGGGAGAUGCCGGUUUUAUGGCUGAAUUUGUCAGAUUUCUUGAUGCAAAAUCAUUUGAAGUUAGAGAAAUGGCAUCAGAGGCACUUACAAGCAUGGUUUCAGUGCCCAAAAAUCGGAAAAGAUUCAUACAAGAUGAUCGCAGCAUUGCCUUUCUUCUUCAAUUGCUUGAUCAAGAAGAGGCAAAUUCAGCAGGUAAUAAAAAGUUCUUACUUUCCAUAUUAAUUUCAUUGACAAGUAGCAACAGUGGAAGAAGAAAGAUUGUCAACUCUGGUUAUUUGAAGAAUAUCGAGAAACUUGCUGAAGCUGAAGUUUCAGAUGCAAAAAGACUUGUCAGGAAACUAUCUACAAAUAGAUUCCGUAGUAUGUUGAGUGGAAUAUGGCAUUCUUGAAUGUAAUUUCUUUUUAAAUUUUUUUUUUAGGUUCUUUUUUCACUGUAUAUUUUACUUAAGCGGGUUCAAAUUUACAUAAUUUUCGAAGUCUUGCACUUUGUUUCUAAAUAGACUUUUUUGGCUUAAUUUGUAACUAUAUUUAGUACCUAGUGAAAAGAUAUAACAUAUUAUAUUGAACA